AUGAAUCUGAAGUUAAAUGAUUUGAUGCUCAUAAACGAAAACAUCACUGAUAAUUACACUCAAAUUUCACCAAAUAGGACUAUAGCAAUUUACACCUAUUUAGAUCAGUUUCUAAAUAGUACAACUUAGCUGAAGAAUUCAUAGACUCAGCUUUCUCUGUAAACGGCAGGACUCAGCUAUGAAUCAAGAUAACGAAUCAAUCCUGAGAAUGUAAUUCUGUCGCUUGAGUCAAUACCUGAUCUGCCCAGUAAAAUAAGCUACAACAUUUGGGAGGCUGUGAUGCAGAUAGUAGUCUAUGCCUAUAGACUUGCAGAAACUCCGUUUUAAAUUAUACACUAAAAUCCAUAUGUCUAAUUCAUCAGCAAUAACUGUAUGAACAGUGUUAUGUCUGCCCUUUAAGAAUCGACUGAUGCAAUUAUUUACGAGAGUGAUAAAACCAGAGAGAAAAAUAUAGAUAUUUUUAUGUAUCUUCUCAUAGCAGUUUCUUGCGCACUAGUGCUAUCUAUGGGCUUCUUAUUGCCUGUUAUAAGAAAAGCAAAGUAUAAUAAGCAAGAAGUAUUCGAAUUAUUCACUCAUAGAAAGAUUGAAAAAUGCAUUGAUGAUUAACUUAAGAAAUGCAGAUGGUUCAUCACAAAGUACUAAGCCUAGGCUGAGAAUCAAAACUAUGAAGCCGAGCUGUAAGAUAACAUGAUUGAGGAGCACACACAUAUACCUGAAAAGGAGAUGAAGGCAGAUGAUGACAAGCAGAGUGAAUAUAUGAAGAACUAUAAGAAGUAAAAGAAGAAAUGGAAGCAAAUAAAUACUAACUUUGGAGUCUUGAUCCUCAAAUUCUCAGUAUUCAUACUUUUGAUAGAGGCCUUCUUCCUGUUUAACUACUUCAUAUCAAAGCAGUUUUUAGAUAGAGUAUCUCUCAUUACAAAAGAACUGAGGUAUCUUAUAUCGAGAUAACCCGAUCUUAGUAUGCUAUUACUGAUGGAAAAAGAGUUAUUUUACUCAAAUAACACAGCUAAGUUCUUGUUUCAAGAUGUAAAGGAUAUUAUCGAUUAGUCAUAUACUGUUUAAUAUGAAAGCUACUAGGAAUUAUUGAAGGCUUUUUCAAAAAACUAUAAUACUCAUUCUGACACAUACAACAAGGCUUUCGAAGCAUUGAUAUAUAAAGAUUCAUGUGAUUAUAUGACUUUCGCUAAAUAUAUAGAUAAUGGGAACUAAAAGCUCUUACGCAUUGAAAUAUCAAAAGAGGACUGCAAGGCUAUUAAUGGUGGCAUCCUUCAAAAGGGUUUAUACAAUAGCGUUGUUAAAUUUUGGACAUAGAUGUAAUAGCUGCAUAACGACUUCUUCGGAUCUAAUAGAACAUAGGCGGAUAUAGUAAAAUUCUUGAAUCAUUAGAAACUUAUUCAAAGCGAAGUAAUUAGUGAACGAAUAUUUGAACCGAGCCAUUGGGAAUUGGUAUAGAUUCUUAAGAGUGAUAUUGAUCAAUACUUCAACGCUGAAUUUAGAUUAUAUCAAGCAGUAUUCAUUAUUUUCAUGCUCUAUAUUCUGACAAUCUAUUUCCUAAUAUGGAGAAUAUUUAUGAAACACCUGGUUGAAGAGCUAUGGAAAGCUAAAUCAGUUUUAAGGUACUAUUGA